AUGCCACGCCGAACUCAUGGUACAGUCCAUCGUCUCCCAUCAAAGCGCACUAUGGAUGAAGUUCCGUCGGAUGACGAACAAGCCGUUUUAUCUUCUCAAGACUCGGACAUUUCUAGUGUACACGAAGCUGAGUCGGCUCAUGCGAAGCGCGUGCGUCUGACAAGAAGAAUAGUGCAAGAGGCAAAAAGGCAGAUUGGAUCGGAUGAGGAGGAACUCAAUAUGUAUUCUAUGAAGCUCAAAGAGGAGGCUUUAUUUGAGAAGGGAAAGCUCAUGGUGUCUAUCGCACUCAAAGUAGUCAAUUAG